CUUUGAUACAAAUGAAAGCUUUUGAUGUAACAUUUUCAAUGGGUGCUGAGUAGCAUUUUCAAAAAAGAAAAAGAAGGCCGUGCAAAUAGCACUAAAAUCAGGGCCUUAGAAAAAUAUUUUUCAGGUGCAGUCCCGAGCACUUAAAAUGUUGCAGUGUUAAAAUUACUAUUUAACUAAUGGAAAUUUGCAUGGCAGUGAGUCAUGGCCCAGUUUGGCCUGGCCGUAGCUCUGCCAGUGGUGUGGGCCCGAAAAGCAUACCGGUUUGAUCGUUGUCACCUACUGCCCGCUAAAGGCGGGCGGAGAUCUCAAUGAUGGCAACAAUAAAAGUGAGGCGCCGAAGCGUGGACAACAUUGGCGAAUGCUUCCAUAACGCAAAUUAUUAAUAUAUAACUACUAGAAACGAUAGUACUUGAUACGCAAGUCGGAAUGGGCCGGAGAAAUGACCAUGAGACCCCUGACGUAGAAUCACCAUGCAACUUCUUCAAAAAAAGAAUCACCAUGCAACCAAAGGCCAUCCGUGAUAGCCUAGCUUCCUCACAAACAGCAUCCAGCAUCUCCACAGUCUCCUGCCAGUCGGAUCACAACCGUUGGAUAAGCAUCCAACGGCCAGUGAUGGCUCAGUCAGUCACGCUUCAGUGUGAGAUUCUUACCGUGUGGCCUGGGCCUACAAAGACUGAGAGUGAGCCCAGCCCUAAGGCCUGACUGACUAGGGCAGAAAAAAAAUCCCCACCUCCAUCCCCAUGGACCCCGGCGGCGAUCUCGCGGCCGCGGGCGAGGACAGGCUCAGCACGCUCCCCGACGACAUCCUCGCCCAGAUCCUCGGGCCCCUCCCCACCCCCGACGCCGUCCGGACCAGCCUCGUCUCCCGUCGCUGGCGCCGCGUGUGGGAGUUCCUCCCGGAGCUCCGCUUCUUCUUCUUCCCGGAGCCCAGCCGCUUCCGCGACGCCCUCGCCGCCCACCAGGUGCGCCUCCGCUUCCUCCAGGUCUGGGCCCGCGAUGGCGGCGCCGACACCGAGUCCCUCGCGAUCUGGCUCCCCGCCGCCGCGGCGCGCGUCUCCGGCCACUUCGUCCUCAUCAACGGGUCCGGAGGGCAGCAGGAGGAAGCCGUCGACGACGACGACUUUGUCGAGCUGCCAUGCUUCCCGGAGGCCUCCGCCAUCGUGAUCCGCCUACGGCAACUCGGCCUCGCCGUGGCGCCCGCCGGCGUGUUCGCCCGCCUCACCAGCCUCAAUCUGGGCCGCGUCCGGCUCCACGGCGAUCUCGGCGACGCCAUCUCCUCGCCGCGGUGCCCGUGCCUGCAGGAGCUCAGGCUCUUCGACACCCGUGGGCUGGAAGGGCUCACUAUACGCUCCCAAACCCUUGUGAAAAUGGAGCUGGAGUCGCUCCAUGACUUCUGGGAGCUCACCGUGGAGGCGCCGGAGCUCAAGGAGCUCAGCGUGGUGCACUGCCUCCUCGAUGAUCCGGUCGCCACCAUCUCUGCUCCUCGAUUGGAGUCUCUCGAGUGGAAAUAUUCGGCUGGUGAAAUGGAGUCUGUGCAGCUCGGCGAGAUGCCGCAGCUCCGGUCCCUGGGAAGCCUGGCAUUUUUUGUCUAUGGGCUUCCUAACUUCUUGUACAAUAGAGCCUGUGUGCAGUUCUUGCAGCGGUUUCGAGUCAUCGAAACUCUCAGGCUAAUGCUGAACUACCUGAAGCCGAUAAACACCUGCCAAUACUUGAUGGAAGAAAUGAACGUGCUCCCCGACCUGACAAUUCUGCACCUGAUUGUGACUGCAAAUGGGCAUGACUUUGGGGCCAGCGCAUUCCAUGUUCUCAAGAUGUGUACUGGUAUAAGGGAGCUGGUGCUGGAAUUAUCUCUUCCUUCCAUCUCAGAGGUACCAACUCCAUGCCCACCGGGUUGUAUCUGCAAUGAACAUCCAGAUUGGAAAACCGAGGGACUUCUUUUGGUUAACCUUCACGAAAUAAAAAUUCAAGAGUUGCGAGGAUCUGACCAUGAAGUUUCUUUUGUGAAGCGACUGUUUGAUUGGGCAACAUUACUGAAGAAGGUGACAGUAACCUUCGAUGCAUCAGUCACUGAAAGCAAGGCUAAAGAGUUGUGCCAGACGUUGAGCUUCUCUACACCAGGGGUGUGCAUGGACUUCAGGUAUCAUAACAAUAAUAAAGUGUUACAUGCACCUCAAGACUAGGGCAGCGGAGUUCGAAACUUUAAUAAGCUUCUAUUUGUGGUGUAUGCACUAUGGAGUAUGCAACACAUAUACAAGACUUGUAAUUUUCAUCUCGGUACCUGCUGCAGUGAAUGCGAACAUGAUUGCUAGCUAAUCGUUCAAACAUGUUGCAUGGAACCAUUAUCCUGAAGUUUUAAAUUGGUC